AUGACUAGCGAUGUGAUUGCAAAGAAAAAGGAUCCAGGGGCAUUCACUAUCCCAUGUACCAUUGGUAUGCUUAAGUUUACCAAAGCUUUAUGUGAUUUGGCGGCAAGUAUAAACUUGAUGUCAUAUGCAAUCUUCAAACAACUUGGAUUGGGCAAAUCGAAAUCCACAACAAUGUGGCUUGUAAUGGCAGACCUAUCUAUUAAACACCCUAUUGGGAUACUUUAUGACAUAUUGGUAAAGGCUGAUCGAUUUAUCUUUCCGGCUGAUUUUGUUAUUCCAGAUUGUGAAAUUGAUGCGGAGGUUCCUAUUAUUUUGGGUAGACUAUUCUUGGCGACUGCAACAACUCUAGUGGAUGUUAAAAGUGUUGAGUUAAAAUUUUGGGGAAAUGAAGAAGAGGUUACCUUUAAUGUGUGCAAAUCAAUGAAGCAACCUAGUGACAUUCAGGUACUUUCAACGAUUGAUGUGAUUGAAGAAACAGUGGCUAGUGUGAGUGAAAUGAUGUUUAUGGGUGAACCUCUUGAGGUUGUUCUUUGA